AUGUCCGAGUCUGUGUCUGAAGAGUACAAGGAGAUUGUGGAGCUGCACGACCGAGAAUUCCAGAAAUUCUCCAUCGACAACCAAAUAUACUGCGUCCCGGUAGAUGAGGGCGAAGAGCAGCGGCUCGAAAACCAGCACCAGAUCUUGCAAUAUCUUUUCGAAGGCCGGUUAUUUUUCCCGCCCAUCCAGCACCCGAAAAAAGUCCUCGACUGCGGGUAUGGCCGAGGCAACUGGGCGCUGGAGAUGGCGCAGACCUAUCCAGACAGCGAGAUAACAGCCGUCGAUGUUUAUCCAACCAACGAGCUUCCUGACGACCAACCGGACAACCUGUGGAUUGAGGCAUGGGACCUCAACCAGACGCUCACGCCGACGUACAAACCAAACGAGUACGACUUGAUCCACUCGAGGCUUGUGGCGCCUGGCAUAAAGCGAGACCGGUGGCCACGAUACAUCCGAGACAUCGUCAAGCUGCUCAAGCGCGGUGGCUGGGUCCAAAUGGCCGAGUUCUACUACAUCAUCCAGUCAGACAGCGGAAGACUGACGGACGAGCACGCGUUGAUGCAAUGGUCCAACGGGUACCGGCACACGAUGGAGCGAGACCGGGAUCCCCGCAUAGGUCGACAUCUGGGACAGUUGAUGCGCUCGGCAGGGUUAACAGACGUGCAGGAGGUCACGUACCGAAUGCCGAUUGGAGGAUGGCCGACGGGCAUCCUCGUCGUAGAUCCGAGACUGCAGUGGGUAGGUCAACAGAAUCUCGAGAACAUCGGCGCCAUGCUCGACUCGCUCGCGAUAUGGCCCUUUACGGCGCGCAUGGGCUGGACCAAGGAGCAGGUGGCUACGUUGACGGAGCGGGCGCGGCAAGAGGCUGCCGAUCCGCUCCUGAAGCUGUACAUCCCGCUGUAA